CAGCAUAGCAGCUGAGAGUGCAGAAGAGCAGGGAGGGCUGGGCUCAUCGGUCUGAACUCUCCUCUCAUGUGUCUGAGCUUGAGGGAGAAAGUGAGGAGAGGGCUUUUUGGGGGACUCCAGAGGAGGUGGAUGCCAUUUGUGGAGAUGGAAGGGGGAGCUGCCACCCUGUAAGAGCUGGGGUUUUGCUUUGAAGAGUGGAAGAGGUUAUCAGAGAAGGAAAGAAACCAAAAGUGCUGAAGUCAUGGGAGCUGAAGAGGAGGUGCUGGUCAUGCUGUCUGGAGGGGCCCCCUGGGGCUUCAGGCUGCAAGGGGGCUCUGAGCAGAAAAGACCUCUUCAGGUGUCAAAGAUCCGCAAGAGAAGCAAAGCCUGCCGGGGGGGCCUGUGGGAAAACGACGAGCUGGUGUCCAUCAACGGGGAGCUAUGCGCUGGCCUUUCCCACGCCAGCGCCAUGCACAUCAUCGACUCCUCCUGCGACACGCUCCACAUCUGUGUGAAAAGGAUGGCUGGCAGAGACCGGUCGGCCACACGGCCCCUGCACUCGCUUUCCCUUGGGCAGCCACAAGUGCUCUCCCCACCCUCCCCAGUCAGCCCAGAGCCAGCUGGUCCCCCAGCCAUUACCCCACCUGAGCCACAGCGCAGGCGGCGGCAGCAGCUGGGGAGCCUGACCUCACCCCCCGACAGCGAGGCGUACUACGGCGAGACAGACAGCGACGCUGACAACAUUGCCCAGGAGAAGUACCGGCGGGCCCGCAAGAAGAGCCCUCGCUCUCCACCUGGGGGCUCCAACAACAAGCCAGGCGAGCCACAGGACGAGGUGUCCCUGUCCGAGCUGAGUGGCUAUGACAGCACCCCAGAGGCAGCGGUGCAGGCCGGAGAGGGAGGAGAGAACAUGAGUGGCGUGGCUGAGAGAGAGAUCGUGCAGCAGCUCAGCAGCCGCACGGACACCCCUUUCUCAGAGAGUGAGGUGCUGCUGCAGCCGUCCCCAGCAGAGAGCAGGGAGCUCUCCCCAGAGGCCAUGCUCUUGCCCCAUGCCACCAGGACCAUCCGAGCAGAGCGCCACCUCAUCCCCAUGGUGGGGCCAGUAGAACACCCAGUCGAUGAAGAUUUAACCACCACCUAUGCAGAGAAAGCCAAACUAGCCAAGUUGCACCGCAGUGAGAGCACACAGGAGAAGAAUGUGAAAGAAGCCAAAACCAAAUGCAGGACGAUUGCGUCCCUGCUGACGGAUGCACCAAACCCUCACUCCAAGGGCGUGCUGAUGUUCAAGAAGCGCAGGCAGAGAGCUAAGAAGUAUACCCUGGUCAGUUUUGGGAGCGUUGACGAGGACCGCUGUUACGAGGAGGAGGAUGGUGUCUUCCCAACCAGUGAGUCAGAAUUUGAUGAGGAAGGCUUCUCAGAUGCCCGAAGCUUAACCAACCACUCGGAUUGGGACAACACUUACCUGGACAUUGAAAAGCCCAAGCCAGAGUCUGAGCAGCAGCUGGGGCAGACGCAGCAGGGUCUGAGUGAAGCCUCCGGCAGAGGAGCACGGUUAUUUGAGCAGCAGAGGGAGAGGUCUUGUCAGUAUAUGGUGGAGAAAGCCCCAGCUCAGAAGCCUGAGAGCCAUCAGCCACCGCCAGGUGUCGUGCCAAAGCAGAGCAUGAUGAAUGGAGAAGUGCCUACUCCACAGAAGGCCAACACGGCCCCACUGAGUAUCCAUGUGGAAGCAGUACAGUUAUCCAGCAAGCUGCCAUCAUCUACCUCUGCUCAGGUCCAGUCUCCACUGGGCAGCAUUGGAGGAGGUGCCCAGCCAUCUCCAGGCACAGAGGGCCUCUUCAACAGAUCCGCACGGCCUUUCACUCCUGGAUUUUCAGGGCAGCGUCCUGUGACUUCCUCUGUCAUCUUCAGGCCUUUGGCUCCCAAGAAAAGUGGUGGCAGUCUAGGGGGGCAGAGCACCGCUGCUCCACCUUUCUCACCAGGAACUCCUGUGCCACCUCCCACUACACCAGUGAUGGCACACAAUGGUCCAGCAAGCUCCUCAACAUCUCUGUAUAUUCCAGCACCAGGCAGUCCAACACCACCAGGGGUACCACAGCCAGGCACAGGCGGAACUGCUCCUGAGACUAAGACACACACAAACCCAGCCAUGACCUCCACAGCUUCCAUAAUUCUAACCACUCCCUCUAAGCCAGCAGGGGCUACAGCAACACCUCAACCACGAGGGACAUCUUCUUCCUCCUUGUAUAUCAGCCCAGCGCCGCAGCAACCCAGCGUGGUGAGCAGCUCUCCGCUACCAAGCCAGCCAUAUCCUGUUGUCUCCCCAGCUACUCCACGACCUGCUUCUGAGCCCUUAACAUCCAGGGAGCAGCGGAUCGCAGUGCCAGCCCCCCGAACUGGCAUCUUGCAGGAGGCUCGCCGGCGGGGCAGCAAGAAGCCCAUGUUCAAUACCAUAGAAGAGAAGAAGAAGAAUUCACCCAACCCUGAGCUUCUGUCUCUGGUGCAGAACCUGGAUGAGAAACCCAAAGGCGACCACCCAGGGGCGGGCUUUGAGUCUGGUCCUGAGGAGGACUUUCUCAGCCUAGGAGCCGAGGCCUGCAACUUCAUGCAGUCCUCAGGCCGCAAGUUCAAGGCCCCUCCCCCAGUGGCUCCUAAGCCUCAGCAGCAAGGUGCCUCUGCCGGACUAGUAAACGGUGCCCAUGACAUGCCACAGCUGAAGGGCAAAGGGGCAGAGCUUUUCGCCAAGCGACAGAGCCGCAUGGACAAGUUUGUGGUGGAGGCAGCACCGAGGCCAGGCUCCAAGCCCAGGGCCCCCUCACCCACCCCUUCUCUACCAUCAUCAUGGAAGUAUUCAUCCAACAUCCGUGCCCCACCCCCAAUAGCUUACAACCCCUUGCAUUCCCCCUUCUACCCCCUAGCAGCAAGCAAGUCUCAGGCUAGCAAAGCAGAGAGCAAAGUGAAAAAGGCACCCAGCCAGAAAUCGGGGAUCAAGGCCAUUGAUUUCAUGCGCCACCAACCCUACCAGCUAAAGUCGGCCAUGUUCUGUUUUGGGGAGCCCCCCAGCACUGACACACAGAACCCUCCACCCCAGCCAGCCCAGCAGUCCAGCUUGUCUUUCACCCCAGCCAAGCAGGCGCCUGUGAAAACAGCCAGGACCUACGAGAUCCGGCGGUUCUCCACACCUGCUCCCAUGCCCACUUUGAGCAGCCUGGCACCCACAGUCCUCACUCCCCGCUCUGCCACCACACUGGAUGAGCCAGUGUGGAAGACGGACAUGACCUCCUCCGCACCCUCCACCCCUGCCCCUUUCCAGGCCGGUCCCAGCCAGGCCCCAAACCUGUACCAAAGCUCCCCAGAGCUCAGUCAGGUAGGCCAAGGGACUCCGCCAUACCCAGCCUCCUCCUCCGGGUUCCAGGUAGCUAGACCCAGGUUCUCAGCAGCCAAAACUGGGAUGCAGGCGCAUGUGUGGAGGCCAGGCUCUGGGCACCAGUGAACCAGUAGCUGUCCCCUCUAUCCCUCCCCCCAUGGGCACGACUGGGUGCCUGACCAAGAUAGUUUCCUUGGGUUUUCUUUAAAGUGAGCUCAAUAAAUUGGGGUGUGUGAAGCAAAAGGCAGAAAGGGGGGGGGACUCCCUUCAAAGCCCCCGUCCCCCUUUGUUUUCAGCCUGGCAGCAUCACUAUGAGCUUUCCCAGCUGUGGCUAGAGCCAGGGGACUCAGGAGGAAAAGAGAGACAGGGCGAUAGUCUCCAGCCUGCUUCUGCCCACAGCUGCAUGGCAAUGAAACCCUGUCUCUGGGGCCAGGGGAAUGGGAGGGACAGACUGUCAUGCUAAGGGAUAGGUAGCACUUUUCAUCUCCAGUGGGCUUUAGAAACAAGUCUCUGUUAACCCUUUCAGUGCCCCAGUAAGGCAGGUGCCAUCCCAUCACUGCGGACAACAAGGCACUGUGCGCAGAAGGGUCCCAUCCAGGCUCACAUGGGAAGUGAGUGGCGGAGACAUGACUGGAACCCAGGGUUGACCCCACCCCAGUGAAGUGAGAAAUGAGACAGUGUUCCCCAGGCCUUCCUCUGUAGGGGAGCAGCAGGUGCUUUAGGGGACACUGGGACAGGAAGGGGAUGUGGGCAUCUACUCAGACUCACAGCACCUCUGCUCGCCCUGCUCAGGACAGCCAUGGAGUGCUCAUGGUCUUCCAGCAGCCAGGGUUGUGUUUGAGAAGCCAGCGGGGUCCCACCCUGGGAAUUCCAGCUUCCUGGAGCCCUUCACCCAAGGAGGUGAUCCCAGCUGGCUCCAAGCAGCAGAGGGCAGCUUGGAGGGCUGAAAGGUCGAUGUGGGCCUGUGGUAAGUCUAGAGGAAUGUGAGAGGGAAGGAGGGGUUUCCUGGGAAGCCAGAAGAGCAAAACGAGGCCCAGCUACUGACUGUUUAGUUCAGAUGCUGUAUGCGGGAGAGAUGGUUCUGUGGGAGAGUGCAGGGCUAGCUUGUAAUGGAGUUGGGGCUAACUUUAGAUUCACAUACCAGAUUUUUGGGUCAGUCUCUGCUCUGGCAGGAGUUUUAGCUGCUGGAGUGGAGGCGAUGAGCAAUGUGAAGUUUCCUGAGGACUCUUUGCUCAGCUAGGGAGGUCGGCCCCUCACGUGGGCUGACCCAGCCCAGCUAGAAGCAAUGGGGAGAAGAAGAGUAGUGCAUGAGAAGUCUCAUUAACUCAGAGCUUCCCUGGAGGGUUUGAUAGUUACAGAAUAGCCUAAAAUCCCCUGGAAAGCAUCAGUCACUCACCUGCACAGCUCUCCCCUGCUGGCACUGGGUGGUUAGUCAUUCCUUUCAUAGCUUGGUUUCAGGCAGGAUGGCCGCAGACACCAAAGCUGUGCAUGGACUCUUCCCUACACCAAGGACAUGUGACAAGGGAGCACUCCCCUCCCCCAGGCAGCCCUGCAGGGUAUCAGCAAGGGCCAUGGGUGGGUGGUGCUGAGCUCUGGGUUGCACAUUUCCUGCAGUCUGCCUUCCUGCUCUUCAACCUUGCCCCCUCCCUCUUGUUGCAGCUGCUUCCCUAGCCUGAUCCUGCAGACAGGAGAAAGCAUGCACGCUGCUGAUGCCAAAGGGGUGGGUCACCACCAUUGAAUUCACAGCCCCCCCCUCCAGUGACCUCCAAGGACUGAGACUCUGAGACUAGGGCCAUGACUGCCAGGGCCGGCUCCAGGGAUUUGGCCGCCCCAAGCAGCCAAAAAAAAAAAAAAAAAGACCGCGAUCGCGAUCUGCGGCGGCAAUUCGGCAGGAGGUCCUUUGCUCUCAGCGGGAGUGAGGGACCGUCCGCCGAAUUGCCGCCGAAUAUCUGGACGUGCCGCCCCUCUCCGGAGCGGCCACCCCAAGCACCUGCUUGCCAGGCUGGUGCCUGGAGCCGGCCCUGAUGACUGCACUACAGUGGCCUGGCUAUAGUGCUGUUGCCAUGCCACUGUAACCUCAUUGAGUAGAUGCGGACUACCACAGCGGAAGGGGGUUUUCCAUUGCUGUAGGAACCUCCCCAACCAAAGGUAGCUAGGUUGACAGAAGCAUUCUUCCAUCUUUACCAGAGGUUAGGCUGCCAUAGCUAUGGUGCUCAGGAGUCUGGAUUUUUCACACCGCUGAAUGCCUCAGCUAUGUUAACAGAUGUGUUAAGUGUAGACCAGGCAGCUAUGAACCCCUAGCCCAGGCUGUGAGCUGUCUCCAAGUCAGCAGACAUGCUCCUUCCUUUGAAUUCGGAUUUGAGAUUAAAGGAGACUGAUCUAAAGCUUUGGGUCAGCAAAACUGGGUUCGGUUCAGGCAGAGAAUUGAGCUCAGAGGAGAGCACAGAACAGCCCUGUCUCCACUGUCUGACCAAACUGGGUCUGAAAACAGUUUGGCUGGAACAGCACUUAAACCAAACCCAAACUCGCUUUCUACACGUGGUCUCAAGCCCAGUAUGGCCAGGCCCUAUGAUGUAGGUCCCUUUGCAGUGAGAGACUAGAGCUCCUGCAUGCCCCGUUGGUACGUGGUUCCAGAGCUUUCUGGUACCUCAUCCCAAUGGUCUUCUGGGACAGAGAGAGUGGGGGAACCUAACACAAUGAGAGGCAGCUCUGUCAUUGGGAUAGAUGGAACAAAAUCAAAGUAAAAUAAACAUAUUCUCAUGCCAGCUCCAUUCACAUUUGCCCCAAUCCAGCUGAGCCACUGUGUCCCAGCCCCAGAGCUUGUAGUGCACAUUCCACUGGGGGCUCUGAGGCAGAAGCAACAGGACUGGAGGCAGUGGCAGCCUCUCCAGACUUCACUCACCAGCCCAGCAGCCACCAGCAGGGCUGAGGGGAACUUCCCAAAGGGCCCUUCGUUAAUGAGCCAUUGUGCAGCUCAGGUGAUUUGCACCAGUGUCAGAGCCCCCAAUAUUAGCCUUGGCUGGGUGCGAGCAGCCAUGCUGCGAGGCCCUACCUGAGUUAGUGUCCUCACUGGUCCUGCACUUUCCCAUGUGUGUUGUUAGGACUUCAAGGGCCAUAGCUCAUGGCUUUCUGUGCGGCAGUAACCUGAGCUGCUGUGUGAUUCUUUCCUAGAGCAUUUGAGGAGAACUUGUCUCUCCUUCUGGGCACACAGGAGGAAUUGGGGGAAGGUGCUGGAGGACUAUCAGCACUCAAAUGAUUUAGUCCACACUGCAAAGUGGGUGGGUUAACAGCCCAAGUGAAAGCCUGACCUGGGCUUUAGUUUAUAGACCCAUGAUGAGUUAAUUAGCCCCAGUGGGAAGCACCAUUAAACUCAGAUAACAGCUAGAGUUUUGUGUGUGGACAGGCAUGAGGUUGGGGCUGUGAAAAGCUUGAGUUAACUCCCUAGUGAAGACAGACAUUAGAAAAGCAAGUGGUUGCUCUAAUACCACUGGCUGUCAGAGAAUUACCCAGAGGAGACUGGGCGUGUUCUCAGGGAGGGACUGUGUCGGGAGCUCUAGUUCAGCACACGAAGGUCUCAGGAAGAGUAUCUGAAACUGGGAUUAAUGGUGAUUUAAUCUGACCUAGCUGGAAUCCUAAUAUGGAGCAAUGUACUAAUGUGAGAGUAAGAGGUGAGAACAGGGAGGGUGGGGGUUGUGCAUUGGAUUAGGACUUUCACCCCUAGAAACCUGGAGUCAAAUCCGUAUUCAGAACCAAAUUAGAGGAGUCUCAGAUGGGUCUCAGCCUAGCGUUUUGCUGACAUCAGUUCACGUCACAUCCUGACCCCACCGUUGUCCACCUGUGUUCAGGCAAGGACCAGGAUUGGAGCAGCAGGGGAAGCUGCAGGCCAAGACCGAGGGCUGCAAUAGACAUGAGGUGUGAGUCAGGAUUGAGAUGCAUCCAUCAGCUGAGCUGUACCUGGGGCCGGGAAGAAGUCUACACGGUGCCCGCCUGUACCAUUGCUGGCUUCUGCCACUAUUGCCAGCAUCUAUGCAGGAGAGACCCAGGGGUGUCACAGGACAGAAUACAAGAGGUGCAUUUUUAGCAUGAGGUGGGAUUCAGUGCAACUAAAGUGAGUCUCCUCCGAGGACUGCAGCUGGGCACUUACUGCUGUUAUUUCACUACCUCACACCAGAGCAGGGAAAAAACUCCCCCAGGAAGUGGGGAGGAGUGGUUCAUGGCUCCAUCCCAUAACUACUCUGGAGUAGCCAGUUACCCCUCUCAUGACCACUUGCCGAAAGCAGGGCAGCUCGCUGUCACAUGGGGGGCCCUCUAAAGGGUCAGGCACCAGCCUCUCUGUGACAAGCUUUGCUAAGGAGAAUGAGCCAACCCAGAUCUGCCUGGGGAUGGUUAAUGAGAUGAGUAGUUGGAUGGUAGUUAAUUACUAACCGGACACUGGGGUCUGCAAGGGUUAGGAGUGCUCCAUUCACAAAUUAAUGACCAGCUAAUCAUCCCAUUAACCAGCCCUAGGCGAAUCUGGGUUGGCUCAUUCUCCGCAGUGGAGUUUGUCACAGGAGACUGGUGCCUGACCCCUCAGAGGGCCAGCCCCUGUGACUUCUGCCUGGAGCCUACCUUCAUUGUAAAAUUCACCAGCUGUUAAAGACGCCUAUUUAGGCAGAAAGUCUGUGUAAAGUUCUAGCUCGCUGCCAUGCUCCAGAGACAGGCCCAACCCUCACUGAGCAUUUGGACACUUAGUGAGGGGUCCAUUUUUUUGAUCCCCAUGGUUUUCCCUUCUCUCUCUGGCAUGUUUGUAGGUUACAAAAUUACAGGGAUUGCAAGACAGGAAAGCUAUUUAGGUCUCCCUGUAUUUGGAAUAGGAGAGCCCACUGUGGCAUCCACCAGCAGAGGUAGUACUAGCCCAUUGGGGGCCCUAA